CUAACAAGAUGGCGGAUGAAAAAGGUAAAAAACUACUUUCAGUUGCGGCAAUGACGUCUCAAGAACUGGCCAAACUUGCACUUGAGGAUGCGAUGCUGGCAGAACACUCUAGCGGAGAGGAUUCUUCAGGAGAUGAUGAUGAUGAUAUUCGGCCGUCCAUUGCAGAUCAGCAGAAGGUUGGGUUCUUCAGUCAAGAUCGAGCCACCCAGACAGAGAGAUCGGACAUUGUUAACCUCAAAGAAAUGACACAAGACAUUCAAGGUCUACUCAAGGAGUCUCAAAGAUUGAAACGAGAAUUAGCAGUAACAAAACAAGUGAUGCAAGCUGACUAUGAGAACAAAUUGCAGGAGAAGACUCUAGAUAUGUAUGUAAGAAUCAACGAAAGAGUCGAAGAGCUACAAAAGAUGCAUACUGAGAGAGUGGAAGUAGUGCGUCGAAGCUUUCGUCAACAAAUGGCUGAUGCUAUAGUUAAGCUCAACAAUGAUUGGAAGACUCAUGCAGGACUUAAAAUGCAAGUUGAACAGAAGCGUCUAUCCAAUAAAAAUGAGCAGAUUGGUGAGGACUACGUGAAGCUACAACAGCAGGUUGCACAGCAGGAAGGUAUCAUUGAUAUGCUACGUAUGCAGGUUGCACAAAUAGCCCAGGAGCCAAGGAGUGAAGCAUCUACACCCAGUGCUGUUUAUGAAGUUGAACAUCUCCGAGAUGAAAUGGGGACACUACAGCAGAGAAUAGAUUCCAUGGAGGAAGCAAUGGAUAUUAAAGAUGAUCAAAUAGAAGAAUUUAACAAAGAAGUGAGCAAAAUUACCAAGGAACUUGAAAAGGAGAGAAUACAAGUCAAGCAGCUUCUACAUGAAUUGGAAGAAGCAAAAUCAUCCGCCCAUCAAGAAAUGGCUUCACUCCGAAGGAAUGCUGAUAAACAACGCCUUCAGAUGGAGAGGGAGAUGCAAGACAAGAUGUCAAAAGCGAGGGAUGAGAUUUAUUCAACAAAGGAGCAGGAGCGUCAAAAAAUGGUUGGAAUUGCUCGUAAACAUGCUAAGGAACAACAACAACAAGAAGAAGAGAGAUUGCGACUGUUAGACGAACAACGCAAGACGGCACUAGCUCUACAAAAGAAGGAACGAGAGAGUGCCUUAGUUGCUUCUAAAAGUGACACAGAUCUCUCCAAAUUGAAGAAGAUUGAAAUCUUCCUGAAGCUAGAAGUAGAACGGUUGAAGAAAGAGCUUGCCAGAACAACUAAAAUGUGGGAAAAGAAAUUUGCCAUUCUGCAAAAAAGUUUAUAUGCCCUGAAAGAUGAGAGCUUUGUGAGACAAACAUUGCAGAAACAAGCAGCAACACUCCAUCAUGCUUCAGUCUCAUAUUCUGCUGAUGCACCUCUUGGGGUAAUGCCAAGCAGCCAGCCUACCAAUACACCCAGGAAACAACAUCCCCUGCCUGGAAUAGGUCAGAUGUCAAAGGUCAGAGACCCUAGACUUGACCUCAUCUCACCUUUUACUGUAUCCCCUCCUGCAGGCAGAGGAGUUGAACUCUUCUCAGCUGCAGCUUCCCAAAUUGUUGACAAUGAUGGCGAGGAUAUUGAAGAUUCCUACAUCGAAGGUGUCAUACCUCUUCCAUCGCCUCCACCAAAAUGGAAGCAAGAUAGCCGCCCUUCAACAUCUGGACAAGUGAUUGUUAUGCCUACAGCAUAAAGACACAACAUAAACAGGUACAUCAACAGGGUUGGACAAGUGAUAGUUAUGCCUACAGCUUAAAGACACCGUAUCAAAAACAGUUACAUCAUCAGAGCUAUCUAGAUCAACCUGGAACGCAAAUCACCUGGUUGGUUACAUGUGAUGACAAAUCAGUUGUACAUGGUGUACCAAGUAUACCUACAGCCAAACCUCGUUGUGGGUUUCUUGAACGGUUGUAAAGGCUAGUUUAUGGUCGGUCAUGGGAUGGUAGCAUGGAAAACUGUACGCGUAAUAAUAACAAAAACACAGGUAAUAGUUAUAGCCGAGGCAUCCGUGCCUCGUCUUUGAAGACAAUAGAGUCCUUCAGCCGGACUGAAGUCUCAUUCAACAGUGUACAUGUACAUGUACAUGUAUUUGCAAAGGCUAAAAGAGUUCAGAAGCUCCAAGCAUUAUUCUGAGAAGCCCUUGAUAAUGCCACGAUUAGAUCGUCUCUCACCGACAUUUUGAGAGAGGUCUUUAAAGCUGUUAAUCAAACCGUAACCCAACCAUAGGAAUGAUUUACCAAGCCCUCUCGUGGCGAGUCCUUGUAUUCUAGCACUCUGUCCAAGAUAAUUUUUUAUUUGUAUAGAUCUUUUAUUUGUAUACUUGUACAUACUGUAUUUGUUUAAGACAUCUAAUUUGAGGCAUCAGUGUCUUGGCGUGAAGACACUGGGGUCCUUCAGUGUUAGACUACUAUCCUGGCACAACUUUACUUUUGAAACUCUAGGGGAGAUGCCCAACUCGUCUUUCACAGACAUUUACAGCAGUUGAAAAUAUCAGAGAAAUUAACAGCAGUUGAUCAAACAAUGUAAAUCUUGGGAACAGUUUCAAACACAUUCCGUCCAUAUUUAAAAAAAAUUAUUUAUAGAUAAAUAUUUAUACUUGUGAAUACUUCAGUAAGACAUUUAAAUUCCUUUUGAUAAAUAAGCAACAAGAGCGUAAAUUUGUGAAAGUAUAAAAUUUAACAAUUCAAAUUUAUACAUGUGCAUUUGUCGUUCUUUGUUGAGAUAAAACCCUUGCCCCUAGUCCCUGUUAUAAAACAGUAAAGACGGCAUUAAAUAAACGACACAUCAAAGAAUAAGUAUUUCAAUGUUAAUUGAUUUUUUCAAUUUAUUUUAUCAGUGCAACAAAUCAACAUUUCCAAAGGCAAAUGGUAACGAUCCAAAGACAACUUUACUUCGUAUAACUAUUUAGAGGAAUCCCUGUAUUCAAAGGAUUACAACAGGCAUAUGAUUUGGCCCUUGGAAGAAAGGAUGCGAAUUAUAUAUAGUGCAAUGGCUGAUCCACAUGUAACAAUGUAUUGAAGUGUAUUCACAUCUCAAUACAAUUUUGCAAAUUUUACUCCAAAGUCAGAAAUUUUAC